AUGAGUAUUCUUCACGUACUCUCCACUGCCGCAGCGAUUUUGGCAGUGCUGGCUCCGUUUCCAGACUUUUGGCGGAUCUACAAGACUCGCUCCACAGGUUCCGUCUCCGUCUUGCCAGUCGUUCUCAUCUUCUGCAACUGCUACGCGUGGGUCAUGUACGCGCGUCAGGUGAACUCGAUCCCUCCGCUGUUCGUGGCGUACGCAGUCGGUAUGCUCGCAUCGAUCGCCUUUGGUGGAAUUUACUAUCACUGGACUCGUGACCAUGCCCACAUUCACAAACUUUACGGCGCUGCGUUCUACAUUCUAGCGGGUUACACGCUCUACUACAGUCUUGGGACGAGUGGGGCUACCAACCAGUCGAGUGAACAAGUGGAAAACACCCUCGGAGCUGUCAGCGGGCUCAUCAAUUUGGCGUUGUACGCGUCGCCAUUGGAGAGAAUAAAACACGUGAUCCAGACGAAGGACGCGUCCACAAUUCCCAUCACUAUCAGCGCGUUUCUCCUCGUGAACGGUGUGGUCUGGGUGUUGCACAGUAUAGUGGAAGACGACAUGCUCGUGUUGAUUCCGAAUGCACUUGGAGUCGCGUUAUGUAUCGUCCAAGUGGGGCUCUAUGUGGUGUAUUAUCCUCGUAAAGCAGCACCGGACACGUUGACAAACACUGCAAGCUUUCCCGUAUAG